AUGGAUAUGGUAAAAAUGGUAUUAGAAAAAAGUUUAGGGAGAAAUAGUGGUGGUGGUGGUCCCAACAUAUCAUCUCCUUUUGAUGUUGUCACUUCAUCAUUGGUUCCUCCUAAUUUGUCUUCCCUCAUUGACAAUCUUCCCCUUCCUCCUCCUCAACAAAUCCAACCUCAACAAAUCCAACACCCACAUAAUUACAAGACAAUUAGACAUCAACCAUCAAUUUUACAUGACAAAGGUUUAAUUGGUGACACUUCAUCGAUAAUGGUAUUUAAUGAAGUGUCUGAUGUGAUUACAGUCUAUAUUACACCCGAUCAAAAUACACUGUUUCGUAAAAAGAUUGGUGGCGAGGUUGGUAUUUCUACCAAUGGCGUCAAACUCGGUGCACAGGUAGAGUUUGAUAAAAACAAUCAUGAUAUAGAUCAAAUACAAAAGAUACUCAUAUUGCCUGGUGAAAGCGGUACCUUUCACAUUAGCAAGAAUACCUUUGCCUACGUACAAGUAUUUGUCUAUGACAGGAACCACAACGGCGAUAUCGAUGUCCUCACAAGACAACUGAAACAUGGUGACAUUUUCUCUAUACUAAACAAACACAUAGAUGCUGUCAAAUCAAAACCAUACAAGGUUUAUAAUCAAGAUUUUGAGGAAAUUGCUACCAUCAUUCCUCAACCAAUUCAUUAUUUUAGUUAUAAUCAUCCAAAUCAAAAUCAAAAUAACCAAAAUAAUAAUUAUCAUCAAAAUAAUCAUAAUAAUAAUCAUAAUAAUCAAAAUAAUAAUAAUAAUAAUAAUAAUAGUCAUGUUAAUACUCACAAUAAUAAUAAUAAUAAUAAUCAAAAUGAUCAUAAUAGUCUCAAAACAUUAUUUAAAAAAGAUAGUCAAUUUAAUGAUAGACAUCAUCAAAAUCAAAAAGAUAAUCAUCAUGAAGAACAAGUCCAACAACAACAACAACAACAACAACAUCAUCAUAAUCAACAUGCCAAUUUUGGUACUCACAAACAUCGCUCAAAUACUGACGGUAGUUAUGAUGGCUCCAAUCAUCCUAAACACCACUUAUAA